UGCCGGUCACUUUUCUGUCAUGUGAGUUGUGUGUAAGCUUUAUAAAAGAAACGAAAGAAGCAGGAGUUCUGUCAUUCUACGCACGUAUCUAGCACAGCUUUCGACGCGAAUGCAGCUCAGUUGACGGGGUAAGAUUGAUUUUAUGGGAUAUUCUACUAGAUAAUUGGACUAUCAGCUAAAAGAUGGGAAAAGGAAAGCAAUUUUUGCUGUUGUUGUGGAAGAAUGUUGUCCUUCUCAAGAGAUCUCCAGUGCGAGCUUUCUUUCAAAUUUCAAUGCCACUAUUUUUUAUAAUAAUUCUUGUCGUUCUGAGAGCCUCUGUUGUUAAAGUGGAACCUAAGCCAAGCCGUAACUAUUCUGCAUUUGACAUUGUUGAAUUACCACCCGAUGUCACUCAAACAAAACUGGCAUUUACUCCAAACACAAGUGAUGUGAGGCAGAUUAUGGAUUUGGUUGCAAAGCAACUUGUGCGUUUAUCUGUUGUUGGAUUCCAAACUGAGAAAGAAAUGCAAACAUUUUUAGUAAAUGAGGAAGAGCAGAAUAAUGGCAACGAAAAAAAGAAAAGAAAAAAUGUAUCCCUUGGUGGAAUUGUCUUCAAUAGGACUCUCUACUCCAGAAAUAUUAUUUAUAAGAUUCGCCUUAGUUCUAAAGCAAGGGGAAGUGGGAAACCAUCAUUUGGAGCAUCUCCUUCAACAUCCUGGCUCACUCAAUUAACAUUUCCAGUGUUCCAGAAGCCAGGACCUCGAACUGUAGAUAAUGGUUAUGGUGGCCCUCCACCUUAUUAUAGUGAAGGAUUUCUGUCUCUUCAACAUGCUGUGGAUUCUGCAAUUGUUAAGUACAUAGGAAACAUUUCAGCCCUGAACACAACAGUGUCGAUGAAACGAUUUCCUUAUCCUCAUUAUAUUCACGAUGAAUUUGUGUUGGUUAUUCAAAACUCUCUACCCUUACUCUUGAUGUUGUCUCUUAUCUUCACUGCCCUAAACAUUGUACAGGAUAUUGUUUAUGAAAAGGAAAAGAAACUGAAGGAAUCAAUGAAGAUGAUGGGUCUAAAUGGUUGGCUCCAUUGGUUGGCAUGGUUUACAAAGUACUUCAUAUUCCUUGUCAUUACCAUGGCCUUAGCAGCUGUUUUCUUCACUGUGAAGUUCAGUGAAAGGGGCCGCGUCCUGAAUCAAAGCUCAGGCUCUGUCAUAUUUGUAUUCUUUCUUCUGUAUUCAAUAUCAUCCAUCAUGUUCUGUUUCUGCAUCAGUGUCUUCUUCUCCAAGGCAAAUAUUGCUGCGGCUGCAGGAGGGAUCCUCUGGUUCAUGAACUACAUUCCAUAUUUCUUUAUCCAACAGUCUUAUGAUACAAUGGGUCUGGGAAGUAAGCUGGCAAGCUGCCUCCUUUCUAAUGUUGCCAUGUCAUUGGGUGCUCAGUUGAUUGGGAAAUUUGAAGGGGAGGGAACUGGAGUUCAGUGGUCAAAUCUCAAUCGUGGGCCUUCCAUUGAUGAUGAUCUUACACUUGGUUAUGUCUUUUGGAUGUUUGCUGUGGACUCAGUUGUUUAUGGUUUGAUAGCUUGGUAUGUUGAGGCAGUAUUUCCUGGUGACUAUGGGGUUCCACAACCUUGGUACUUCCCUGUUUUGCCCAGUUACUGGUGUGGAAAAAGCAAAGAGGUGGAAGUAGGCAAUUUUCACAGUAUGCAAAAUGGCACCACACCUGCAGCGACUGCUCCUGAGUUUCUAGAAAAAGAUCCUGUUGGUUUGGAGCGAGGUGUUGAAAUAAGAAACCUGAAGAAAGUUUUCUCCACAGAGAAAGGAAAGAAAACAGCAGUCAAUGGAGUGUCUCUGAACUUGUAUGAAGGACAGAUUACUGUACUUUUGGGGCACAAUGGGGCUGGUAAAACAACACUGAUGUCCAUGCUGACUGGACUAUUUCCUGCCACUUCUGGCUCUGCACUUGUAAAUGGCUGUUCAAUCAGUGAUAAUAUUAGUGGUGUACGCAGCAGUCUAGGUCUCUGUCCCCAGCAUGAUGUGUUGUUUGACCGUCUAACUGUUGAAGAGCAUCUAUGGUUCUUUGCCAAGCUAAAGACCCGCUCAUCCUGGCAGGUGAAAAAGGAGGUUGACAGAAUGAUAGAGUGCAUUGGUCUGUCAGACAAGAGACAAACACAGGCUCGUGCACUGUCUGGUGGCAUGAAAAGGAAACUCUCAGUAGGAAUAGCACUGAUUGGUGGCUCAAAGGUUGUGAUGUUAGAUGAACCAACAUCUGGUAUGGACCCAUCAGCACGUAGGUUUACUUGGGAUUUACUACAGCAGCAUAAGGAAGGCAGGACUAUUCUUCUCACCACUCACUUUAUGGACGAAGCAGACAUUCUCGGUGAUAGGAUUGCCAUAAUGGCUGAGGGCAAUGUCAAAUGUUGUGGCUCUUCUCUGUUUCUUAAGAACAGAUAUGGAGUGGGCUAUCACAUGGUCAUUGUAAAGGAGCCCUCUUGCGACGUCUCUAAGGUUACUGCUAUGGUCACUAGUCACGUGCCUACAGCUACUGUGGAGAGUAAUAUUGGAGCCGAACUUUCUUUUAUUUUGCCAAGUGAAGCCACAGGCAACUUUGAGAAUCUCUUUCUGGAGUUAGAGACCCGCCGCAAAGAACUUGGAAUCGCCAGUUAUGGCGCCUCCGUUACAACCAUGGAGGAAGUUUUUCUCAAAGUUGGAGAGGAAAUGGACAGUAGUCUAAGCGAUAAACUUCAGCAGAAUAGCAAAGGAACACAGUCAGCCAACGGUAUGUUGGAUAGGGUAAAUAUACCUGUUCCAAGCGAGAAAUCCUCCGUUAUGGCACGUAUGGGUACGUUGGGAGCGUCCUCGGCCAGCUAUGGCACAUUUGGGGACUACAACAACUACAAUCACACUUCCGGUUUCCGGCUGUUUCGUCAGCGGUGGUACGCAAUGUUUGUGAAACGUAUCUUGCACUCCAAGCGGCACAAGCUGGCUCUCAUAUCUCAGCUUCUUCUUCCUCUGGUAUAUACGCUGUUUGCUCUGAUCAGUGCUAAGACCAUUCCUCAGCCUACUGAUUCUCCUCCGCUCACUCUGUCCACGCAGAACUUCUUGGACAACUAUGUUCCCUACGAGUGUGAUAACAGCACCUGCAGCUUGGCGGAUAAGUACAAAACUCAGUGGUCUGAUGAGAGCAAGACACAUCCUGUGAAAGUCGAAGUCAAUAUGGGACAGUACCUGUUGGAAAAACCGAGCGAAAUAGGAGUUGGCCCCUUCAACAAAAGAGACCUGAUUGCAGCCACCUUCCAGAAACAGAACGAUAAAGUAAAUGUCACAGCGUGGUUCAAUAACCAAGCAUACCAUUCCAUCGCGGUGUCUCUAGCAGCUGCUGACAACGCCAUCUUACGGGCUGCUCUGGGCAGUAACUACACACUAACGACCGUUAACCACCCGCUGCCAAGAACUGCUAAAGAAUCUGCAAAUGAUUUACAGCGCAAUGGCGUCGGGUUCAAUGUCGCGUUCAACAUUUUAUUUGGUAUGGCUUUCCUGGCUUCAAGUUUCGUCGUCUUUCUUGUCCAAGAACGUUCCAAUAAAGCGAAACACGUUCAGUUUGUCAGCGGUGUGGACCCAUUUAGCUACUGGGAUUCUGCGUAUACCUGGGACUUGAUUAACUUCCUCCUCCCAACGCUGUCUCUUCUGAUCCUCGUGGCUGCUUUUGACGUGCCGGCUUAUACAGGUGCUCGUCUUGGCUAUCUUUUCAUUUUGCUGAUGUUGUAUGGCUGGGCGAUUAUACCUCUCAUGUAUCUCUUCUCGUUCUUGUAUCGAACUGCAUCAACUGCCUUUGUCGUUCUGACUGUCUUCAACAUCAUCACCGGACUGGCUACACUGUUGACCGUCUUUGUUUUAAGUAUACCAGAACUUGACCUUGAGGACGUGGCUGAUGGUCUCAAAUGGGCUUUCCUCGUCUUGCCGAACUACUGCCUCGGCCAAGGAAUUUCAGACAUUUUCAAUAACUACAAUACAUUGCGUCUUGUGGACCAGGAAUGUCAUUCCAAAGCAAAGUUUUUGCCCUUGGCAGACUGUGAAAAAAUGGCCAAAGAAUUUCUAGGCCCAAAGUUGAAGUUUCAAACGAAUUAUUUGGCCUGGGAUAAUCCUGGUAUAGGCCGAUACCUGGUAUUCUUGGCUUUGGAAGGAAUUGUUUUCUACUCUCUCGUGCUGUUGAUCGAGUAUGGUGCAUUUAGCGCUUGCGCGCGUUUUUUUAAGCGCUUGCGCGCCUUCUCCGCAAACGUGAUUGUAUCUCAGGACUCGCACUCGGCCGAUGAUGACGACGUUCUAGAGGAGAAGGAAAGAGUAAUGAGAUCUACGGACAAAGACGAUGUGCUCGUAAUCAGGGAGCUGAGCAAGGUUUUCUAUGGAAACGGCCGUCGUUCUCCGUUGGUUGCUGUGGAUAGUUUAAGUCUUGGUGUCCCUAUGAAUGAAUGUUUUGGUCUCUUGGGAAUUAACGGAGCAGGGAAGACCACAACCUUCCGCAUGUUGACUGGUGACGAGACAAUGACAUCCGGGACAGCUCUGGUCGAAGGGUUUGACAUCAGGACCAACAUGAACAAGGUUCGGCAGCGCAUUGGCUAUUGUCCCCAGUUUGACGCCUUAAUCGAUCAGAUGACCGGAAGAGAAAUUUUAUAUAUGUACGCGCGGCUUCGUGGCGUACCGGAAGUCAUAAUACCGGAUGUUGUGGAUACUCUCAUUCAAUCGUUACUGCUUCAGGAUCAUGCUGAUAAAGUAGCCGGUUCUUACAGUGGUGGAAACAAACGCAAGCUGAGUACAGCCAUAUCACUGGUAGGGGACCCUCCAGUAGUAUUUCUGGAUGAGCCCACGACUGGAAUGGACCCAGUGGCUAGGAGACUAUUAUGGGAUGCACUGUCACGUGUACGGGCGGAUGGACGAUGUAUCGUGAUCACGUCACACAGUAUGGAAGAAUGCGAAGCUCUUUGUACCCGACUCGCCAUUAUGGUUAAUGGACGUUUCAAAUGCCUCGGAAGUCCGCAGCACCUCAAAACCAAGUUUGGUGAGGGAUACACUGUGUUGGCAAGAGUGGGCAGCGAUACACCGGAUACCGGACCGCUGAAACAAUUUAUUGAAGGUACAUUCCCUGGCAGCGUGUUGAAGGACGAGCACCAAGGCAUGGUCCACUAUCACAUCCGUGACACCAGCGUAUCGUGGGCUCAGCUGUUUGGAACAAUUGAGCGGGUCAAGAUGAACUACAAUAUUGAGGACUACUCUGUUAGUCAGACCACAUUGGAGCAAGUAUUUUUGAACUUUGCGCGAGGUCAGAGAGCAGAAGACGAGUAAACGAUUCUUAAAUGAAAAGAGAUAGAUAUUGAUAACAAAAAUUUUAAAAUUCUUACAUUUUAGAAAAUUUUGAUUGCUUUAUUAUUCUAUUAUUUUAUUUCAAUUUAGUACCAUACGAAAGACAAAUAUUUUAUUACGGUUUGAAGAGAAUUUAUCAGGAGAUAUCUUUACAGAGUAGUGGGCGCUCUGGGAAAUGGUUGAGGUUUUCGAGUUACCCGCAGCAGUGUACUUGACCAAAAAGGCAUGCCACGCCCUGCACCCUUCCUACACCCUUCCUGACAACGCGCGCUUUUAUUUAUUUAUUCACUUGAUACGAAAGCAAAGUUGUGAAAACAAAGUUGAUGCAUUUUGUCGAGGUUUAUCGUUUCCGUGAGAAGUAAAAAGUUGUCACUACGAUAUUUUUUUCAGAAACAACGACGAUAACACUAUCUCAUUGCACUAACUGAGGUUACUUAAUUUUAAGUCUUAAUUUUGGGUUGAAAAUACGACAUUAAGAAGUGCUCAGGUCAUUUUGACCCUCGCGUGGAAAACGGUACAGCUUGAGCUGUCGUCAGUCCAAAGAGAAUUUUGCUGGAAUCGCGCCGUCGCAACAUCAAGAUAUUGUAACUUGGAUUCAGAUUACUUUGUGAUCAGAAGAGAGGUUGACUUCAUUUUUCUUUAGCUUCAAGAAAGAUAACGUUAUCAAUUCUUCUGCUCGCGAAGUGUAAAACGAAAGUUUUUAGGGUUGAUAUUCCCUUAGCAUUUUGUAGAAGGUGCACGUGUGAAAUACCUUUUAAUCAUCAGUAUCUUUAGCCAUCUUUUUUAUCUUCUUACUUAAUUUUUAUCAGUAUGAGGUUAUUCUUAGUUAUCAAACUGCAGUUUUCUUAAAGUUGAAGGCAAUUUUGCCGACUCGUUUCCAGUCUUCCGUUUUUGAUAUUUAGAGAUAGAAAGACAGGGAACUAGUCAAAAUUAUUCAGUACGUCGGAAAUCCCAGCAACGGCGUUCGCAGGAACAGCAGUCAUGGAAUAUGGACAGGGAGGUCCAUUCUCGUAAUUUUUCCUUCCUCAAGGAUUUCAUAACAAUUGAAUUUAAAGCUGUAGGCGAAAAGUAGUAUAAAGCAAUUAGACGUUUCUAUCAGGAAGUUUAGAUGUACAGGGUUUAGAUAAUACGGAAAAAUGUUUGGAAAUUGUAUUACGUACAUACGAUGAAUAAUUAGUGGUGCAUCCUUAUAUAUAGUUCACUUAGUGAAAUCAACUGAGAUAUAUUAUAGGGUUUGUCCGGACUAAAUUUAUAUCAUUUU